GGCAGUCACUGACUGUGAGUCUGGACUGUCAACAUGGUGAACUGGGAGUGAAGGAAACAGCAAUAUGGUGUUCGAGUCGCUGGUUGUAGACGUCCUGAACAGGUUCUUGGGGGACUACGUCGUGAACCUGGACAGCUCGCAGCUCAAGCUUGGAAUAUGGGGAGGUGAUGCAGUACUAAAAAAUCUUGAAAUAAAGGAAAAUGCAUUGAGUCAGUUGGAUAUUCCUUUUAAAGUUCGAGCAGGACACAUAGGACGGCUGGAGCUGAAGAUUCCCUGGAAGAACCUGUAUACGCAGUCUGUGGAGGCUACGCUGGAUGGAGUCUACCUGCUUAUCGUCCCCACUGCCAGUAUAAAAUAUGAUGCAGAGAAGGAGGAGAAACAGCUGCAGGAGGCGCGGCAGAGGGAGCUGCAGAGGAUCGAGGAGACCAAACAGAAAGCAGCGGAGAAAGAGGACCCCAAGCUCGAGAAGCAGGAUACUUUUGUGGAGAAGCUCGUCACUCAGGUGAUCAAGAACCUGCAGGUGAAGAUUUCCAAUAUCCACAUCCGAUACGAGGACCAUGUGACCAAUCCCACCUCCCCUCUGUCUUUUGGAGUGUCACUGCAAAACCUCAGUCUUCAGACUGCAGAUGCAAACUGGAAACCUUGUCUGCUGGAUGAGAAGUCCAAGCUGUUCUUCAAGCUCGUCCGUCUGGACAGCCUCUUUGCAUAUUGGAAUGUAAACUCGGAUCUCUACUCCAACCACAGCCCGGACACAGCUCUGAUGUGCCUGCAGAACAGCGUUGCGGUCCAGAACAUGAUACCGCAGGAUUAUGACUUCAUUUUCCGGCCCAUAUCGGCCAGGGCCAACCUGCGAAUGAACCCCCGUUCCGACGUGGACUUUUCCUCACCCAAAGUGGACCUGCAGGUCGAUCUCCCCGAGGUGGCGGUCGAGCUUAACAGACCACAGUACAUCAGCAUCCUGGAGCUACUGGGGUCUGUGGAUAUGAUGUCACGCAACCUUCCAUACAGGAAGUACCGUCCUGACGUACCCGUGCACACCAAUGCUUACCAAUGGUGGCAGUAUGUGAUAACGGGCAUCUUGGAAGUAAAUGUGAAGCCCACGCUGCACAUGUGGUCAUGGCAACACAUCCGGAAACACCGGCAGAAAGUGAAGCGCUACAAGGAGCUGUACAAGAUAAAGAUCACCAGCAAGAAGCCCAGCGAGGACCUGCUGAAGGAGCUGGAGGAGCCUGAGAAAACACUGGAUAUUUUCAACAUCACGCUAGCACGUCAGCAAGCUGAAAUGGAGGCAACCAAGGCAGGGUUGCGUAUCUACCGGCCGGGAGCGAAGGUGGAGGAGGAGGAGUCCCAGGGUUGGUUCGGCUGGAUGUGGGGCUGGUCCAGUGACAGCACUGCCCAGAAGAAGGAGGUCAAAUCUGGAGGGUUCGACACCCUGAUGACCCCCGCAGAGAAAGCCAAGCUCUACACUGCCAUCGGUUACAGUGAGAUAGCUGUCAAUCACAACCUGCCCAAGGAUUUUGAAGACAUGAAGAUCAAUUUCAGAUUGCUAAACAUGUAUAUUUCAAUCAAAGACAGUAAAGACAAGCCAGAAAUAAUCAAGCUGGCUGUGGAUAACCUGGGAGCCAUGCUGACACAGAGGCCUGGAGCUCAAGCGAUUAAGAUAGUGGCCCAGCUGAACUCGUUUGAAGUGACUGGACUGCCCCGCGGUGGAAAGGCACCAGUGCUGCUUUCUUCUCGAGGUGCGGCAGUCGAAAAUAAGAGCCCCUUGCUGAGCGUCAUGUUUGAGACGAAUCCACUGGAGGGGCCGGCGGACCAGCGGCUACACGUGGAGUCCCAGCCGCUGGAGAUCGUGUAUGACGCAAUGACUGUGAAUAGCAUGUCAGCGUUCUUCAUGCCUCCACAAGACCUGCAGCUGGACGAGCUGACCAACGCCACCCUCAUGAAGCUGGAGCAGUUCAGAGACAGGACAGCUACAGGCCUGAUGUAUGUCAUUGAGACCCAGAAGGUUCUGGAUCUGAAGGUGAACCUCCAGGCCUCCUACGUCAUCAUUCCUCAAACGGGCUUUUAUGACUCCUCCAAGAACCUGAUGGUUUUGGACCUUGGGCAUUUCAAAAUGUCCAGUAAGAGUCGGGAGGGGCUGCCCCAGCUGAGUGUGAUCCGCAGCACGAUCGAAGACAUCAUGUCACGCGCGUACGACAGCUUUGACGUGAAGCUCAGCAGCCUGCAGUUACUCUUCUGCAAACCAGAUGGAGACUGGAAGAGUGCUCGCACAUUAAAACAGUCUGACCUUCACAUUCUGGAGCCGGUGGACCUGAAGGUUGUGUUCAGCAGAGCCAUGGUUGUCACUGAUUCUAGGAUGCCCAAGUUUAAGAUUUCUGGGGAGCUGCCACUUCUCUCUGUCCGCAUCUCUGACGACAAGCUGAGAGGGGUGCUGGAGCUGAUUGACAGCAUCCCGCUCCCAGAGAGUCGCCCUGCCCCCCGAACCAACAGCAUCCAGGCACCGCCCAAGCCUGCCAAGCAGCCGUACACCCCCCAGCUGACUCCCAGGAGGCCCCCGGUUGCAGACCUGCGCUCCUCCCUCAUCUUUGACUCAGGUUCGGAGGAAGAGCUCUUCUACGACGCGCCCAGUUCGCCCAUCGAGGACCUGCCCUUUUUCGAGCUGCAGGGCAGCUCCCUGCAACGCUCUGACUCAUCGAAGCGGAAAUCUCUGGUGAAGAAGGACCCCAAGAAGAACAUGACAGAUUUCCAGAUGAUCUUUGAGAUCAGCAAGCUGUUGGUCCAGCUGUGCCGCGUCUCCGAGGGCCGUGAGAUCACUGUCCUGCAUCUGGACAUUGAGGGGCUGGGAACCGAGCUAAAGCUUCGCACCUUCGACAUGUCCUCCAACACCUUCCUCAGAGAGAUCUGCCUCAAGUGCCCAGAGUACAUGGAUGGAGAAGAAAAGCCGGUUCACCUGAUCACCACUCUGGACAACACAGAAGACGAUCUCCUUACACUGGAAUACAUCAAGGCAGACAAGAAUGCGCCAGAAUUCAAGUCCCUUUACAAGAACACUGAACAGCUCAUAAAGGUGAACUUCUCGUCUCUGGACAUUCAUCUGCAUGUAGAAGCUCUGCUCAACGCCAUGAACUUCCUGAACCACCUGAUGCCCCCCUCGAAGAAGGAGGCACCAGAAGAUCUGCCGCCCAUCCCCGAGGAAGAGGAGGAGGAGAAGAAGGAGGAAUCCACCAUCGCCAAGAAACUCACUCCUAAGAAGUCUAAAUUUGAGGACGUGAUCAAUUUGCACAUCAGAGCAGACUUGUCCUGCCUCAAGGUGUUUAUUCGAGGGGAGAAGGCGCGUAUCUCUGAGAUCAGCAUCGAGGGUCUCGUGUCUGAAGUGCUGAUGAGGAAGAAGGCAGUAGAGGUCUUUGCCAACCUGAAGAAUAUUGUUAUUUUGGACUGUGACAAAGAUGCUCUGUAUAAGAAGGCGGUGUCAAUCGCAGGAAAGGAGGUGUUUGAUUUCCGCAUGAUCAACCAUGUGGACGCGACAGAGGGCGAUGCCUACACAGACAUGAACAUUGUGGACACCAGCGUCACCCUGACAGUGGGCUGCAUCCAGGUCAUCUUCCUCAACAAGUUCCUGUCCUCCAUCCUAGCCUUCAUCAAUAACUUCCAGACAGCGAAAGAGGCGCUGACGGAAGUGACGGUGCAGGCGGCGGGGAAGGCCGCCACGGGCGUGAUGGAGCUGGCCGAGCGGAGCACGCGUAUCUCCCUGGACAUCGACGUGAAAGCGCCCGUCGUCUUCCUCCCGCAGUCCUCCACCUCCCGCAAUGUCGUCGUCGCCGACUUUGGGCUGGUCACCGUCAAGAACCACUUCACCACGGUGCCGUCCAAAGCCCACAAAAAGAUCCCCCCGGUCAUCGACGUCAUGAAAGUCGGCCUCAGCGACCUGAAGAUGUACAGGACCACCUUUGAAGCGGACAAGUUCCAGACUGAGAUCCAGCUGCUGAAACCCGUCAACAUGGACCUCUCCAUAGAGCGGAACCUCUCUGCAUCCUGGUACCACAGCAUACCGGACAUCGAGAUCACAGCUCACCUUAAACCCAUGAGUAUGGUGCUCAGUCAGGAGGACAUGACGAUUGUGCUGCUGACUCUGAAUGAGAAUCUGUCUGAGACAUCAGACGCUAUCCCGCCCCCAGCUGUACCUGACAAGUCUGACACGGCAUCCGUCAAAGACUCACAGACGUCCCAACCUGGAGGGACCACUGUGGUGACUGCAGCUGUGGUAGAGACUCAGAAGAGCACAAAGCUGAAGAACACACUGAAGCUGGACUUCAAGUUCGACUCCAUGACACUGGUUCUGUACAGCCCAAAAGGGAAUGAGGCUCAACUCUUGGACUCCCGGGACGAGCAGCUGAAGCUAGCCGAGUUCAGGCUGGGAACCAUCUCUACAGCAGUGCAGAUGUUUUCUGACGGCUCCAUGAAAGCCUCCGUCAAACUCGCCAACUGUCUCCUGGAUGACAAACGGCAGAGAGUCAAGAUGAUCACCUCCAGGAUGCUGGAGAUGAAACCAGGGGCGGAGAAGAGCGUGAUGGUGGAGGUGAACUACAAGCAGGGCCGCGAGGGGACCAUGCUGGACACAGUGGUCCAGGACAUCUACCUCUGCGCCAGCAUGGAGUUCCUGCUGACUGUGGCGGACAUCUUUAUCAAGGCCAGCCAGCAGGGCUUCUCUACCCCGCAGAAAAACUCCAAGCCCACCUCCUCGUCCUCCAAGGAGACCGCUCCUGCACCGCCAGUUGUGGCUAAAUCGGAGAUGAACGUGGUGGUGAAGAACCCAGAGAUCGUGUUUGUGGCAGACCUGACCCGCGCCGAAGCCCCCGCACUGGUCAUGACCACACAGUGCGAGCUGAUCAUGAAGAAUAACCCCGAAGGGCAGACCAUGACCGCGGCCGUCAAGGACCUGAAGGUGGUGGCCUGCCCCUUCCUGAGGGAGCGGAGGAAGAACAACGUGACCACUGUCCUGCUGCCCUGCCAGGUCUUCUUUCAGAGCUCGCAGUCACCCACCUCACCCCAAACCCUGGAGCUCAGCAUCAACUCCCUUACGCUGAAGGUGUCCCCCAUCAUCAUCAACACAGUGAUCACGAUACAGUCAGCCCUCUCCCCCGCGGCCGAGACGCCCCAGGAGCUGGAGAGCCCCGUGCCCCCAAACCUGUGGGACAAGAAGAGCUGGCAGGAUCUGAAGCUGUGGUUCCUGGAGGAGGAGUGUGAUGAGGACGCCCUGUCCCUUGUGCCGCUGGUGCCCCAGGGCGAGUCCCUGCGCAUGGUCAUCAGCUCCAUCUGCCUCACCCUGGAGGCUGGGGUGGGCCACCGCACCGUUCCCAUGCUACUGGCCAAGUCCUCCUUCCAGGGGGACGUCAAGAACUGGAGCACGCUCAUCAACCUGCAGAGCAACCUCAACCUGGAGGUUCACUAUUAUAAUGAGGUCAUGGGGGUGUGGGAGCCACUUCUGGAGCCCCUGGAGGAUGAGGCCAGAGACGGAUUCAGGCCAUGGACACUGGGGCUGAAGAUGAAAAAGAAGCCGGUGAAGCACACAGGCAUGUCUGAUGAAGUGGACUACAAUGUCCCAGACUACAAGACUGUCAUCAGCAUCACCUCCAAGGACCAGCUCAACAUCACGCUGUCCAAGUUUGGACUGGGCAUGCUCAGCAAGCUGGGAACGGCCUUUGCUGAGGCAGCGAGUCAGACAGCGGAGCGUUUCCAGAGGGACCAGGCUCCGUUCAUCAUAAAGAACCGUCUGGGGCUGCCGGUGUCUGUGCUGCACAGCGAGACCUUCAGUGCCAUCGAGAACCCAUCCAAGGACAGGAGGGUGCAGCUGCAGGACGGAGAGAGCCUCAACAUGGACUACACCCUGACCACCACCGUCAGUGACCAGUUCUCUGCCAUGACUAGCCUCAGCGGGAAGGACUACUACAUCCAACCCACUCCUGUCGGCCACACAGCAGCCAGCAUCAUCCCACUGAUCAAGGUGGGGAGGGGCAUGUACAGCGUGGUGCACAAGGACUCAGGGGUCACGCGCUUCCUGGUCUGUCAGAUCUACUCUGAGGAAGGAAGCAAAUACGUCAAGAUCCGCUCCCCCUUCCAGAUCAUAAAUUACUUCUCCAUCCCACUGAGGGUGUUUGAGGGAUCCACUCUACUGGGCAUAGCACAUCCCAAAGAGGAGUUCUGCGUUCCUCUGGGAUCCUACAGGUCAGUCCUGUGUCUGCAGCCUCAGACGGAGGGGGAGGAGGAAUAUGAGAAGUCUGAGGGCUUCAGCUAUGAGAAUGUGAUCCAGCACACAGGGGAGUGUGUUCAGCAGACCUGCCAUCAUGCGGGGGCCAGCGGCCGCAUCAUCAUCAUCAACAUGGUCCCUGUGAAAGACACCCUGACGUCACACAGCACCGACGAGCCCUACGACGAGCCUUACAUCCUGCACCUGUGGUCGACUGUACUCCUCCGGAACCUUCUGCCCUACCCCCUCACCUUCGCUCUGCAGGAAAAUGGAGACUCCUCCCCCACCACCUUGAAGGAGGGUCACUCUGCCCAGAUCCUCUCUGCCAUCAUGAACCUUUCCCGCCUGGAGCUCCGGCUGCAGGACUACCUGAAGCAGGACUGGCGGGGGGAGUACAGCCUGCAGAGCGACCAGGACGAGAUCACCUUCAUCGUCUUCCGCUCGCUGCACGAGGAAGAGGACGGCGGUGAGAGCGCCGAGCUGGACAUCGCCAUCCACAUCAAGUACAACCCGGGCCAGACCGUGGUGGCAGUGCAUUCCCCCUAUUGGAUGGUCAACAAGACUGGCCGGCUGCUGCAGUACAAGGCCGACGACAUCCACCGCAAGCACCCCAAAGACUACGACAUGCCUCUCCUCUUUUCCUUCAAGCCCCGCAACUUCCUGCAGAACAACAAGGUGCGACUCAUGGUGUCAGACAGCGAGUUGUCGGACGAUUUCUCCUUGGACACCGUGGGCAGCUACGGAGAUGUGAAGUGCAAAGGUCGUCUCAAAGACUAUCUGGUGGGAGUGAAAAUCGACUCCACCAGUUUCAGUCUGACCCGAAUCGUGACCUUCAUGCCGUUCUACAUGCUGGUGAACCGGACCAAGCACACCAUCAAGAUCAGCGAGGAGGGCCGGGACGAGUGGACGGAGGCUCGUCCGGACCAGGAGGCUGCAGUCCCUUUCUGGCCUGAGAAGGACUCCAAGAAGCUGAAGGUCAAAGUGGAGGGCUGUAGCUCCACCCCACACACCAUCGACUUCCACAAACAGGAGAACUGCCUGCUGCUGCACCUGGACAACAAGCUGGGCGGAAUCAUUGUGGAUGUGAACCUGACAGAGCAUUCUACCGUGGUCCGGUUCUCUGACUACCAUGACGGUGCCGCACCCUUCCUCAUCAUUAACCACACCAAGGACGAGACGCUGGAGUUCUUCCAGAGCUGCUCGGAGCGGAAAGACUCAAACUGGGUCGCCGACGAUAUCCUGGAUCUGUCCUUCUCCUCAGGAGAAGAGAAGCAGCCCAGCACACAGAAGGAGAAGGACGAGCUGGGCCCGGGGCAAUCGGUUUACUACACGUGGCCUGAGCCGACGGGCUCUCGCACCCUGAAGUGGAAGUGUGGAAAACACACGGGAGAGCUGCACAGUGAGGAGGACCUGCUACUGGAUGUGAAUGAUGAAGGGAAGCUCUUCCUCAUCUCGUUCUAUGAGGGCCUCCAGCGGGUGGCGCUGUUCACAGAGGAGAGGCGUGUCUACAAGCUCCUGUGUGAGAGUGAAAAAGUAGAGUUGGCAGAGCAGGAAGUGAUCCUGUCCCUGCAGGAUGUUGGCAUCUCUUUGGUCAACAACAGCACAAGCCAGGAGGUGUCCUUCAUCGGCAUCACCAGUUCUGACGUGGUGUGGGAAUCCAAGCCGAAGAAGAAGUCCCGCUGGCGGACCAUGAACGGAAAGGACGCCAUGCUGCUGGAGCAGAACUUCAGAGAGUACAUGGACAGCGGCCCCGUGGACAACGCCAUUCUGGACCUGGAGAACAACUUACAGGUUUCUCUGACUCCAAAUGGUUCUGACAUGAGAGUCCUGCAGCCUUACGACUCUCCUCUCAGGAGAAACUUCCUGCCUGCGGUCAAAGUGGAGUACAGUGUCUCUGCUCGCCAGAAGGCCUACCGGAUCCAGAUCAACAGAAUACAGAUCCAGAAUCAGCUUCCAGGAGCAAUCUUCCCUUACGUCUUCUACCCCAUAAAGCCUCCGAAAUCUGUCACUAUGGACUCAGAGCCCAAACCCCUGACUGACAUCAGCAUCGUCACCAGAUCUGCCGGACACUCGGACAUUUCACGCAUCAAGUACUUCAAAGUUCUCAUCCAGGAGAUGGAUCUGAAGUUGGACCUGGGGUUCCUGUAUGCUAUCCUUGAACUUUUCACCCAGGAGAAUGUGAGCGCAGUGUCAUCUGAGCAGGAGGUAGAGCUGUUUGAGAAGGACAUCGAGUACCUGAAGACGGAGCUCAACCAUGUCUCUGCCACGGACACAUCUCCAAUCAGCCUCUACGAGUAUUUCCACAUAUCCCCUAUCAAACUGCACCUGAGUUUCUCUCUGAGUUCGGGAGGUGAGGAUGGGAAUAAGGAGAAGCGUGAGACGGAGGUGAUCCCGGUGCAGUCCCUCAACCUGCUGCUGAAAAGCAUCGGCGCCACGCUGACCGACGUGCAAGAUGUCGUCUUCAAGCUGGCUUUUUUUGAGCUCAUGUUCCAGUUCCGCACAACACAGCAGCUACAAUGGGAAGUCAUCCGACAUUACUCCAAACAGGCCAUAAAGCAGAUGUAUGUGCUGGUCCUGGGGCUGGAUGUGUUGGGGAAUCCAUUUGGACUGAUAAGGGGGCUCUCUGAAGGGGUAGAGGCCUUCUUCUACGAACCGUACCAGGGGGCCAUCCAAGGCCCGGAGGAGUUUGUGGAGGGCAUGGCCCUUGGAGUUAAGGCGCUGGUGGGAGGAGCUGUGGGGGGCAUUGCCGGUGCUGCCUCCAGGAUCACAGGUGCUAUGGCGAAAGGCGUGGCUGCCAUGACGAUGGAUGAGGAGUACCAGCAGAAGCGACGGGAGGCCAUGAACAAGCAGCCCAGUGGGCUUAGAGAGGGCCUGACACGCGGGGGCAAGGGGCUGGUGUCGGGUUUUGUCAGUGGAAUCACAGGGAUCGUCACAAAGCCCAUCAAAGGGGCACAGAAAGAGGGGGCGGCAGGCUUCUUUAAAGGUGUGGGGAAGGGCCUAGUGGGGGCAGUGACCCGACCCACGGGGGGCAUCAUCGACAUGGCCAGCAGCACCUUCCAGGGCAUCAAGAGGGCAACGGAGACAUCACAGGAUGUGGAGAGCCUUCGGCCACCGCGCUUCUUCCACGAGGACGGCGUGAUCCGACCGUACAAGGAGAGGGAGGGAGUCGGCAGCCAGAUGCUACAGAAAAGAAUGGCCUACACUGAAUGGAUUAGGACUGACAGUGAUGAUGAUGAUGAUGAUGAUGGCAGCUAGAAAAAAAAUUGCUAAGUUCUAGUAGUGCAUGCAUUCAACCUGCAGAAAUGUUCAGUGGUCUCUGUCUGUGCCUUUCACUGUGUCAUCAAUGCCUACUCAUUAAGAAUGUGCAAAAUCCAUUUUACAAGGGGUGUCUUUAAACAGUACAGAGACAGCUUCAUUUUAACUCCAUACAAAAUAUGCAGCUUUGAUUAAUUAUUUUUGAUGUGCCAUUUGAAAAUCUUUGUAAGUUUGAAAAUUGUUCUGGUUCCAGAAAGAUGUGGAAUUAUUUCCGAAGUGUAACUGAAUUUUAAAGAACCCUUUGCAUCCUGUUCUUUCAUGUUCAUGACCUCACUGUUCUGUUCAUUUUUCCUCUUCUUCCUGCUCUGUUCCCUGGACCUCAGAAAGUGGGCAGGCUCAGAUUACCAUGUGACCCAUUUUCUGUGAGUCUGACCAUAAGGAAGUAUUUCCCAAACAUACAACUGAAAAUAUGCAGUAGCACUGCCAACUUAGACCAAAUGAUAUUAGUGAGAACUAGAAGGCAAGUGUUAUGGUUGAGAGGUGGCCCUGUCCUCUGUUAAGAAUUCUCUCUGAUGUGAUUGGUAAAGUGAUGUCAUAAAGGUAGGAGCACUUCCUUAUGGUUGGACCAGGUGACAUCCUGACCCCUCCCACUUUCAUCACAGUCCAAUCCUGUACUCUGUCAUUUAUGGCCAUGCCCACCUCUGUUUUUCAUCCA